CGCCUCUGCCCCGACUCCUCCCCUGAGCCUGAGCCUGAGCCGGCCGGACACACCUCGAAAACCCUAGCCUUUUCGGCGGCCAUGGCGCCGGCGGCGCCCAAGCGGUGCUACUACGAGAUCCUCGGCCUCUCCCGCGACUGCUCCCCGACCGAAAUCAAGCUCGCCUUCCGCCGCCUCGCGCUAUCCCUCCACCCCGACAAGCAGCCCCUGGGCUCCGACGUCGCCGCCGCCACCGCCGCAUUCCAGGAGCUGCAGCACGCGCACUCCGUCCUCUCCGACCCCCAGGAGCGCGCCCACUACGACUCCCACCGCUCCCAGAUCCUCUUCGCCGACCACGCCUCCUCCUCCAGCGCAUCCGCCUCCCCCGUCCCCGACAUAUUCUCCGUCUUCGUCCCCUCCGCCUUCUCCGGGUUCUCCGACUCCGGCCGCGGAUUCUACAAGGUCUACGGCGACGUGUUCGACAAGGUGUACAAGCAGGAGGUCGCCUACGCCCGCCGCAUGGGCAUCCCCACCGACUCCAUCCCCACGCCGCCCGUCAUUGGCAACCUCGACUCCUACUACACCCAGGUCACCGCCUUCUACAACUACUGGCUGGGGUUUGCCUCGGUCAUGGACUUCGGGUGGGCGGCCGAGUGGGACGUUUCACGCGGGGAGAGCCGCCGUGAUAGGAGGAUCAUGGAGGAGGAUAACAAGAAGACUAUGCGCAAGGCUAGGCGGGAGUACAACGACAACGUCAGAGCGUUGGCAGCCUUCUGCAAGAAGAGGGACAAGCGGGUGGUGGAUAUGGCGCUCAAGAAGAAGGCAGAGGAGGCAAAGAAGAAGGUGGAGGAGAUGGAAAGGAAGAAGGCAGAGGAGAGGAAGAAGAAGGAGCGAGCCAUGGCAUAUCAGGAGCCUGAGUGGGCAAGGGUGGAUGAGGACGAGUUAGCGUUUGAAGAAGAGGAUGACGAGGAAAAGAAGAAGGAGGAGCUGUACUGUGUGGCGUGUAAUAAGAAGUUUAAGUCAGAGAAGCAGUGGAAGAACCAUGAGCAGUCUAAGAAGCAUAAGGAUAAGGUGGCUGAACUGAGGGUGGCCUUUAAGGAGGAGGAGGAGGCUCUAAAGGAAGCCAACGAUGAGGGGGAAGAAGAUGAUGUUGGGUUCGAUUUUAAGCCUGCAGAGGAGUCAGAGGAAAGUGAUUGGUCAGAUGCUGUAGAAGAGUUGGCUGAAGAGUUGGAAGAGGGCUUGGAGAUGGGGGCCGAAGAGAAUGGAGAUAACGCGAAGCAGGAGGUUGGUUCAUUUGAUGAGACGAGUGUCUUGGAGGCGAUGUUGUCAAGCCACAAGAACAAGGAGAGCGCUUAUGUGGUUCCUCAAGAGGAAGCUCCACCUGUUGUUGCAGAGGACGACAGUGUUGAUGAUACAAGUUCUGCAGUUAAUAGUGUCAAGAAGAAACCCCGCCGGAGACGCGCUGCAAAGAAGGGACAAGAUGAAGGUAAUAAUGCUGAUAGCGGAGAAGGUAUGAGGCAUGGGGAGUCUGGACAUGAUAACGGUGGAAAUGAUGCUGAUGAUAAGAUGGAGGAUCCUUUCUCUUCAAAUGAUGAAGGGACGUCGUCAAGCAAAGGAGAUCAACUGAAAGGAAAAAACGAAAAUCCUAAAAAGAACAAAAAGAACAAGAAAGGUGCAGAAAAGAAACCAACUGUUCCUGCUGAAAAAAAGAGUACGUCAAAGGGAAAGAAGCAAAAGGAGGUCUCGAAGACACGCAGUAAUGAUUGUGAAACAUGUGGAGAUACUUUUGAAUCAAGGAGCAAGUUGUUUUCUCACUUGGAAGAGACGGGUCAUGCUGUGAUCAAGACACGACAGAAAAAUCGUUGAGGCGGCAAUAAUUAUAUUUUUUGAGCAUUCUCUUUCCCAGUUGAUGCUGCUAGAUCACCCGGGCAACCAAUUGUCUCUUCUUGUAACUUUUUUUUAGGGCUGCCAUAUCUGGUUUGGACCUGCAAAUGCUCCACUGUAAAUGAGUGUUGUUACCUGUGACCCAAUUUUAAUUGGUAUCUAUAUUAGAUCAAUUUUUUUC